AUGAUUGAACAAAAUUACCUUUGUGCUGGAAAUCAUUAAGGUGCAUAAAUAAUAAUGGUUUCUUUUGAUCCAACAUUAAAAAGAAAUUAAAGAUUGCUUUGUCAAAAAUGUCUAGAUGAUCUUCAAUUACCAACUAAAGUUGAGGGAUUCUAGAAAACUCUUGACUCUAUUCAAGAUAUGUAUCUAAAUAGAGUCAAUUAAUAGCAAUUCUUAAUAGACAAGAUGUUAACAUUUAUUGAACCCUUAUUAAUAGAAUUCUAAUCUAUAAGAGAUAACGUUUUGAAAAUUUUGGAUGCCCUUAUUAAAGUAGUUACUGAUUGGAAAAUGUAAUUUUAAUAAAUUUCUAAGACCAAAAUAGUUUAUAGUUUCUUAGAUGAAUUAGAAUCAUUAGUAUAUAGAUAAUAGCAUUAUAAAUAAUAAGAGAUAUUAGAGCGAAUAAAUAAAAUGAAUUGA